CGCUGAGCCCAGACAGCGUGCUGGUUGUAAGGAGACCCCAGGCCCAUGGCAGGGAAAAUGAUGAGCAUCGAGGCGGCCCAGCGCAUGAACCUUGUGGCCCAGGACGAGAUCUGGAGAUACCUCCUCAAGGCUGAAUCUGAAGCACGGAAAAACUGGGCCCAGAACUGGGGAUUUUUGACAACCUCCCUCGAGGAGUUGAUCCAGGGUGAAGAACCCCAUACCCCAAAGCCAAAAGUUGAGCUUCCCGAACACUUCCGCAUCCGGCCAGUGACCCCCAUAGAGAAAUACAUCAAGGUCCUCCCAUCCCCCCCAGUCCCACAGACGACCCAGGGCCUCAUCGGCUGGCGGUCCUCAGUGCCAGGGCUCAGCAAAUGCCUGGAACACGACAACAUGAUCCGCAGCUGCAAAGGGGCCUACGCCCGGGGGCUGGGCUGGCCAGAGCAGGGCAUCCAUUGAGCUCCGCCCUGGCAGGGAGCAGGACACCAGGUGCUCUGCUCUCCAGGGUGAGGCUUCUCACCCCACACAUCUGAAGUCACAGUCCCCGCACCUUCGCCCACAGGAUGCAGCAGAGAACACAGCCUGGCUCCAUCCUUCCGGAUGUUCAUGUAAAACUGGUUCUUGACUGAUGUAAUGAACAAGGCAAAAUAG